GAGGCUUCAGCAGGGCAUCUUGGCCCCCAACACAGAAUCCUGGUUGUAGGAUCUGGAAGAACAGAGGAGAAAUGGAAGUUGGCAGUUCCCAGGAGGGGAGAAGGUGCUGGUGAGCCAUGAAAGCAAACCCCAGUGGCUGAAGCAUCCUGGAUGACUCGGCCACAUUUCCUUAAGAAUCUUUGUGUGUGUGUGUGUGUGUGAGACGGAGUCCCAUUCUGUCACCCAGGCUGGAGUGAAGUGGUGCAAUCUUGGCUCACUGCAACCUCCACCGCCCAGGUUCAAGUGAUUCUCUUGCCUCAGCCUCCCGAGUAGCUGAGACUACAAGCGCCCGCCACCACGCCUGGCUAAUUUUUUUGUAUUUUUAGUAGAGAUGGGGUUUCACUGUGUUAGCCAAGAUGGUCUCGAUCUCCUGACCUCGUGAUCUGCCUGCCUCGGCCUCCCAAAGUGCUGGGAUUACAGGCAUGAGCCACCGUGCCCGGCCCUCUUCUGUCUCUUAUAAGGACACUUGUCAUUGGAUUUAGGGUCCACCCUACUAAUCCUAGAUGCUCUCAUCUUGGGAUCCUUGACUAAAUUACAUCUGCAAAGAUUUUUUUCCAAUAGGUCACAUUCGCUGGGUCUGGGUAUUAGGGCAUGAACUUACCUUUUUGGGGGCCACCAUUCAAUCCAUUACAGGUGGGCAUCCCAUAGAAGCAGACAGUGGCUGGGCCAAAGUAGCCCAUGAAGUAUCAGCCAUGGGCACAAGAUCAAGUUUGGGAUGCGGCAGGGCCAGGCUUGGCUCUGCCAGGCAACUGGGUGGACUGAAUCCAGCACACUCCAAACGAGUUGAUAAUCAGGCUGGGGACUUCAACAGACAACCAAGGUGCCAGUAAAGGCAUUAAGGAGCCAUCACGGCCAGGUGCGGUGGCUCACACCUGUAAUCCCAGCACUUUGGGAGGCCGAGGCAGGUGGAUCACGAGGUUAGGAGAUCGAGACCAUCCUGGCUAACAGUGAAACCCCAUCUCUACUAAAAAUACAAAAAAAAUUAGCCGGGCGUGGUGGCGGGCGCCUGUAGUCCCAGCUACUCGGGAGGCUGAGGCAGGAGAAUGGCAUGAACCCGGGAGGCGGAGCUUGCAGUGAGCCAAGAUUGCGCCACUGCACUCCAGCCUGGGCAACAGAGCGAGACUCCGUCACAAAAAAAAAAAAGGAGCCAUCACAAGGAUGUAAGAUCAGCUGACAGUAGGACUGUGGCUGGUAGGGUGGACAGGCAAAGUGACUGCCUGGAGAGUGGGCAGGUGGCCCAGCAGGGCCCAGAGGGUGCCUUCCCAGAAGUGAGGAGUCCAGUCUGGGGCCGGCCACUCAGGAUGGACACAAUGUACCAGAAGUGAGGUGGAUCUCUGCAGAGUCUCUGGGGUCCUCAUCCAGUCUGAAGAACACAGCACCAGCAGCCCUAGAUCUAUGAGGCGCCCACAAGACAGGGCAACUACGGGGUAGCGGACAUCCGCCAGGCACGCUUCUAGGGCCGCCUCUGCAACUGCGCAUGCGCUUGGGCUGCACCCAUUCCGUCUAGCCCAAAAGGUUCCUCUACAACCUUCCUCCGGAUUGGUCUAUAGGAACACGAUGGCCUUUUACGCAAGCGUCACCCGUGCUGACCCGGAAGUUUUCUUCCCAGUUAAAAGUGUUGGCCCGCGGCGCGCGGCCUCUUCCUGUCUGUGCCAGGGCGGCGCGUGGUCUACGCCGAGUGACAGAGACGCUCAGGCUGUGUUCUCAGGAUGACCGAGUGGGAGACAGCAGCACCAGCGGUGGCAGAGACCCCAGACAUCAAGCUCUUUGGGAAGUGGAGCACCGAUGAUGUGCAGAUCAAUGACAUUUCCCUGCAGGAUUACAUUGCAGUGAAGGAGAAGUAUGCCAAGUACCUGCCUCACAGUGCAGGGCGGUAUGCCGCCAAACGCUUCCGCAAAGCUCAGUGUCCCAUUGUGGAGCGCCUCACUAACUCCAUGAUGAUGCACGGCCGCAACAACGGCAAGAAGCUCAUGACUGUGCGCAUCGUCAAGCAUGCCUUCGAGAUCAUACACCUGCUCACAGGCGAGAACCCUCUGCAGGUCCUGGUGAACGCCAUCAUCAACAGUGGUCCCCGGGAGGACUCCACACGCAUUGGGCGCGCCGGGACUGUGAGACGACAGGCUGUGGAUGUGUCCCCCCUGCGCCGUGUGAACCAGGCCAUCUGGCUGCUGUGCACAGGCGCUCGUGAGGCUGCCUUCCGGAACAUUAAGACCAUUGCUGAGUGCCUGGCAGAUGAGCUCAUCAAUGCUGCCAAGGGCUCCUCGAACUCCUAUGCCAUUAAGAAGAAGGACGAGCUGGAGCGUGUGGCCAAGUCCAACCGCUGAUUUUGCCGGCUGCUGCCCAAUAAACCUGUCUGCCCUUUGGGGCAGCCCCAGC